AAAGAAUGAAAAAUUAAAAAAAAAAAAAAAUUAAGGAGAGAAGAGAGCGCCAUGUCACCGUCCAUUCUUCUAUAUAUAUUGAUUAUUAAUUGAUUAAAAAUAAAUUAAAAAUAUUGGCGCCUUCAUCCUUCUUCUUCUUCUUCGCUUCGAUCGACCCAAAUCACCAUGGAUCCCUCUCUUAUGAAGAAGCUUCUCGAAGAUGACGAGGACGAAAGCAUGCAUUCGGGGGCUGAUGUGGAAGCUUUUCAGGCUGCUCUAAAUAGAGAUAUUGGCGGUGAUGCCUCCCAUUCUCUUCCCUCUGAACCAAGCUCUGCUGGUUUGUCUUUGUCCCAAGGGAGCAAUAACACUACUACUACUACUACUACUGCUACUACUACUCAGUCAUUACCACAGUUCCCAGGGGCUACUUUAGAUGAAAGUGCAAACUUUCAAAUUCAACAAGACCAGAACAAUGCACAGCCACAAUCAAUGAAUUCAUCUGUGCAGGAGCAAGUAGUGAAUCAUGGACCUGUGCCCGAUCAACAACAGCAACAACAUCAACAACAGCAGCAGCAACAACAUCAACAGCAGCAGCAACAACAGCAACAACAACAGCAGCAGCAACAACAACAUAACAGUAUUAAUAAUACCUCACAAGGACCCAAGGACCUUGGUUUGCCUCCUAUGGUGUCCCAAGAUGAACCACAACAGAAGCAUACUGAACAAACUCCCCUUCAGACUCCUCAAGCUACUGGGAUGCAGAUGUCUGGAAAAACUCCUGUCUUGAUGCAGGAACCAGACAGACCACCUCCUCCAGAAAAUGAAUCACAGUAUGUGAAACUUCAAAAGAUGAGUAAUCAACAGGCUACGGUGUCCGAUCAGCCGACCAAUCCACCACAAGCUCGUAGUAAACAGGUGCCCUUUGGCUUGUUAUUGCCUGUUUUAAUGAAUCAACUUGAUAGAGAUAAGGGUAUGCAACUUCAAGAAUUAUUUCUUAAACUCAAGAGGGAAGAAAUCACCAAAGAGUCAUUUGUCCGUCUCAUUAGAGGUGUUGUUGGGGAGCAGAUGCUUAAAUUAGCAGUACAUGCAGUGCAAUCACAGCUGCAGCCCCAAGCAUCAAUGCGUAAACAGACUCAAGGGAUGCCAUCUAUCAAUACAGGGACGACACAUUUUACUGAUCCUCGUUCAUUUGCACAAGUACAUCAGAAGGGCGCCGGCUCUUCUGCAGAUGUCUCACACAUACCUGCUUCAAUGGGCCAAUUACAGACUAAUCCAAGCCACCAAAUUAUGGACAAAAAUGUUCAAAUGUUAAGAGAGGCAGAUCGUCAGUCAGACUCUCAUGGAAAGCUUGUUAAUCAAAUGCCUUUGUCAACUGUGGUAACCCCCAAUCAAGAGAGAGAUUCUAUGCAGCAUGGAUUUAACAGGCAACAGCAACUUCAGCAUCAACAGCAACAGUUGCACUUUCCACAGACAUCCUUUUCCUCCUUUGGAAAUACCGGUAGUCGUUCUCACUUGUUUUCUGGCACAAGUGCCAAUACUUCAACAUUGUCUGUCAAAUCGCAACCACAUGAUUUACAAAUGAGGCAAAUUUCUCAACAUCAAGGCAUGGGAUUGGGAUCAGCUCAGUCAGGUGGAGAAACACAUGGUGCGAAUGUCUUGGGUGUAUCCAAAUUGGGGCAAAAUCCUAGUCUUUCUCAUUUUGCAAAUAAUUCAAUGUCUUACGUAAAACCUGAACCAGUUGAGCAGGCUAUCGAGCUUCAGCGCAAAACUCCAUCAUCUUCACAGGCAUCGCCUUCAGUUUCUGCCGCAAAGUUUGAACAGGGAAACACAUUUUCUGGAACUUUAAAAGAUGAGUCUUUAGAGAAGCAGCCAUCAAGAAUGGGUUUUCCAACUUCUGCUGGGGUUGUUCCUUCAUCAUCCACAAGCAUGGCACCCCCACAUUCACUUUCUUCCUCCAUGGCUAUGCAACCAGAUCCCAGUGUCCCAUUAGGAGCUCGGGCACCUUCAGGAAUCACUCCAGCUGGAAUUAAUAAUAAGACACCUCCGAAAAAACCUUCUGUUGGCCAGAAGAAACCGCUUGAAGCACUUGGUUCUUCACCACCACCAGCAGGUAAGAAGCAAAAAGUCACUGGCAACUUUUCCGAUCAAAGCAUUGAGCAACUCAAUGAUGUUACUGCCGUUAGUGGAGUUAACCUUAGGGAGGAGGAAGAACAGCUCUUUUCUGUACCCAAGGAGGAUAGCCGAGUAACCGAAGCUUCUCGAAAAGCUGUGCAGGAAGAAGAAGAAAGGUUGAUCUUGCAGAAGAAUCCCCUGCAGAAAAAAUUAGCAGAAAUCAUGGCCAAAUGUGGUUUGAAAAACAUAAGCAAUGAUGUUGAGCGGUGCUUAUCACUGUCUGUGGAGGAAAGGAUGCGCGGACUGAUUGAAAAUCUAAUCAGACUGUCGAAGCAGCGCGUCGAUUCUGAGAAGUCAAGACACCAGACUAUCACCACAUCGGAUAUAAGGCUUCAAAUUAUGACGAUGAAUAUGAAAGCUAGGGAGGAGUGGGAAAAAAAACAGGCUGAGGCAGAAAAACUUCGUAAACAAAAUGAUCCUGACGGUAACAAUGGAGUUGAUGGUGAUAAGGAGAAAGAUGACUUUCGUUCUAAAUCGUUUAAGGGUCAACAACCUAACAAAGAGGAUGAUGACAAAAUGAGGACAACGGCGGCAAAUGUGGCUGCACGAGCUGCUGUUGGAGGAGAUGAUAUGCUUUCGAAAUGGCAGCUUAUGGCUGAACAAGCUCGACAAAAACGUGAAGGAGGAACAGAUGCUGCAUCUGGCUCUCAGCCAGGUAAAGAUGUGAGCCGAAAAACUUCAUCAACACCUGGAAAAACUACAAAAGACCAUCAUGAUGCUGAGAAAAGAAGCGGUACAACAUUUUCUGCUGCUUCUGGUGGAAGAAAAUUCGGAAGAAGCCAAGGCGUGUCGCCUCAAACAAAGGUGCCCCGUAGUAAUAUAACAAUCAAGGAUGUAAUUGCUGUACUCGAAAGGGAACCUCAUAUGUCUCGGUCUCCUCUUACAUAUCGUUUGUAUGAGAAAAUUCGAUCUGACCCGGCUUCUGCUGAAUGAUCCGAUGUGCCUCUACGGUUUUGUUGAAUUAGGCCAACAAGGUGUGUGGAAGAGUUGGAAAAUCAUGCUCAAUUUGGAGUGGUAUUGGUAAAGCUUGCUGAGAGAUUCUAGCUUGUACAACAAAGCUGAGUAAUAGUUAAUUCAAAUUUGCUUAUAUGUACAUAUACAUUGAUAUAAUAAAACGACAUGUCGUUUUACUUGAUUAGGAAAACGACAUUUUGUUUAAUUUACUUUGACUACACUUACUUUUAUUUUAUUUUAAAUAAAAAGAGAAAUGUUUUUGCU